UCCGGCAGUGCCCCGCACCUCAGCGCUCUGACCGGACUGCGAGCGGAGCUGAGCGUAGCAGCCCCGAGCCUUGAACCCCUUUAACCCGCCGCCGCCCAGGCUCGCUCUCCCCUCCCCCCCGGUCUUGUCCCUCCAGCAGCUGGGGCCGCCGCCGCCAUGGUGAAAGUGUCGUUUAACUCCGCCUUGGCGCAGAAGGAGGCAGCCAAGAAGGACGAGGAGAACAGCCAGGUGCUCAUCCUGGGCCCGGACCCCAAGGACCCUGAAGCUGUGGUGCCUGUUGGACAGAGGAGAGCUUGGUGUUGGUGUAUGUGCUUUGGAGUGGCUUUUAUGCUUGCUGGUGUGAUACUUGGUGGUGCCUAUCUGUACAAAUAUUUUGCAUUCCAGCAAGGUGGUGUGUAUUUCUGUGGAAUAAAAUAUAUUGAAGAUGACUUAACUCUGACUGAGCCUGAUGCACGUGCUCCAGCAGCUCGCUACCAGACAAUUGAGCAAAACAUUCAGAUCCUUGAGGAGGAUGAUGUUGAAUUCAUCAGUGUGCCUGUCCCAGAAUUUGCUGACAGUGAUCCAGCAGACAUUGUUCAUGAUUUCCACCGGAGACUCACAGCCUACCUUGACCUUAGCUUGGAUAAGUGCUAUGUGAUUCCUCUGAACACUUCAGUUGUUAUGCCGCCAAAAAAUUUCUUGGAGUUGCUGAUCAACAUAAAGGCUGGAACAUACUUGCCUCAGUCCUAUCUGAUUCAUGAACAGAUGAUUGUUACUGAUCGCAUUGAAAAUGUGGAUCAGUUGGGGUUCUUUAUUUAUCGUCUGUGCCGUGGCAAGGAAACCUAUAAACUACAGCGCAAAGAAACCAUGAAAGGAAUUCAAAAGCGUGAAGCCACCAAUUGCCGAAAGAUUCGACACUUUGAGAAUAGGUUUGCUAUAGAAACGCUCAUUUGUGAACAGUAAUGGAGAAUAUUACUGUAACAGAAGACUGAAAGAUUACAGUAUGAUCCCACUUUGUAUUGUGUGCAGUGAUUAUUUUUUAAAAUCUUCUUUGACGUAAGUAGUGGACAGGGCUUUAUUGCUGAACAUCUUAAACUUUUCAUCUCAUGAUAAAUUUUAAAUAUGUUUUAGGGUUUUUUCUUAUUUUCAAGUGUGAUGCCCUUUUUAUAUUUGAAUAGCAAUUGUAUAAUGUCUUAGUUACUAGUGCAUUUCAUGUGAUGAAUCUUGAAUACUACGAGGAAGAUAAAGUCUCUGAAAUAUCUGCCAGUUUUAAUUAAGUAAAAUUGAAAAGAAUUAUUAAUCUGGAGAAAAAUAUGUACAAACGGACUGAAAGAACUAUUUCUAACUGUAAUAUUCUAAGCUAGAUAAACAUAUAUUUGAAUUUCCCCUCACUAAAAUGUGCAAUUUGUUUUUUUAAAAUAUUGUCAUAUUUACCUUUUUCAAAUUGAUUUCUGACUUGAUGUUUUAAUAUGGCAAAUGUCUGCUGUAACUAUCUUUAGAAAAUGUAAGGAAAUUAAGCAGUAACUUGUUACUAACUUUUAUAUAAUCCAUGUAUGUGCAAUGGAAAAUAAAUCUUACAAACCUGUUUGUCUAAAA